GGUUUCAUAGAGCUUAUUAAAUAUCAAACUUAAUGACAAAGUUCCCAGAGACCGAAGAGAUGUUUUCACACAGUUUAUCUUGUGUGAUAACCCUAAAUGUAAUCAGUUUGCAAUAAUACGAUAGAAAGAAAAGCUUUCAAAUCAAACUGAGGUAUGCACAAUUAGAUUUUUAUUUUACACUGUGAUUACUUAUCAAAUUUCUUUGUAUUUUUUCAGGAACUUUUGAGUUUCAGCUGCUCUUCUUAAGAACAAUUUAAUGUGUGGAAGUGAAAACAUAAAGCCAAAAGUGACAAUUUCCCUUCAAAAUCCUUGGCUUGUUUUAUUGCUUUGAAUGUAUAAAUUUGGAAAUGAACUAAUCUAAGCUGUUUCCUGUCACACGAGCGUCAUGUGCAACGUGUUUCUCUGUCUGUAACUGUCCACUGCAGGUGGUAAGCUGGGCUCGAUGUAUAUUUAGUAGAGUUGUGGGAGUGAGUGGUGGAGGGUGUCAGUGGGAGGGGGCUCGGGUCAGGAUUAGGAACAGUACGGUAGUCUAUAAAGCCUGUGUCUUCACUUGUGCCUCUCCUUGAGGAACAAGAAGUGAAGGAAACAUAGCUGCACUCUCUUCUUUCUCCUUUUCUCCUUCGUCGUGCUUACCUGCCCAAGGGUUCCUCUGGAAACAUGUCCAAGAAUCUCCACCCGACCACGGACCCCACAAAGAUGGGGCUUGGACGCUCCAUCGCUGUGCUGACGUCAGGAGGAGACGCCCAAGGCAUGAACGCAGCUGUGAGAGCCACAGUCAGAGUGGGUCUCUACACCGGAGCCAAAGUCUACUUUGUUCACGAGGGCUACCAGGGUCUGGUGGAUGGAGGAGAGCACAUUCGUCCAGCCACGUGGGAGAGUGUGUCCAUGAUGCUUCAGCUGGGAGGUACAGUGAUAGGCAGUGCCCGCUGCAAGGACUUCCGCUCUAGAGAGGGUCGUAUGAAGGCAGCUCGCAACCUAGUGAAGCUGGGCAUCACCAACCUGUGUGUGAUCGGAGGCGACGGCAGUCUGACCGGAGCCAACGAGUUCAGGAGUGAAUGGAGCGGACUGCUGGCUGACCUCGUCCGAGCCGGUAAGAUUACAGAAGAGGAAGCCAAGAAAUCUUCCCACUUGAACAUCGUAGGCAUGGUCGGCUCCAUCGACAACGACUUCUGCGGCACCGACAUGACCAUUGGCACCGAUUCUGCCCUGCACCGCAUCAUCGAGGUGGUGGAUGCCAUCACCACAACCGCACAGAGCCACCAGAGGACGUUUAUCCUGGAAGUGAUGGGCAGACACUGUGGGUACCUGGCCCUGGUGACAGCUCUGGCCUGUGGUGCAGACUGGGUGUUUAUUCCAGAGAUGCCCCCAGAUGACAGCUGGGAGGACCAUUUGUGCAGGAGGCUGGCAGAUCAAAGGGCCAGAGGUUCUCGUCUGAAUGUGAUUAUUGUGGCUGAGGGCGCAAUGUCAAGAGAUGGCAAACCGAUUACAUCCGAGCAAAUCAAAAAGCUGGUGACUGACAGGCUCGGCUUUGAUACUCGCACCACUGUUCUUGGACAUGUACAGAGAGGAGGAACACCCUCAGCCUUCGACAGAAUCCUGGGCAGUAGGAUGGGAGUGGAGGCAGUGAUGGCCCUGCUUGAGGCCACUCCAGACACUCCUGCUUGUGUGGUCAGCCUGUCCGGGAACCAGGCAGUCAGACUGCCUCUCAUGGAGUGUGUGCAAGUGACCAAAGAUGUGACUGCAGCCAUGGCUGAGGGCCGAUUUGAGGAUGCCAUCAAGCUCAGAGGAAAGAGUUUUGAGAACAACUGGAACACGUACAAGCUGCUGGCUCACAUCAAUCCCCCAGAUGUUAAGAGCAACAUCAAUGUGGCCAUCAUGAACAUCGGUGCUCCCUGUGCUGGUAUGAAUGCUGCUGUCCGCGCAGCUGUUAGGAUGGGCAUCAUCCAGGGUCACACCAUGUUGGCUGUCCAUGAUGGUUUCGACGGUCUUGCUCAAGGACAGAUUGAGCCUAUCACCUGGACUUCAGUGAGUGGCUGGACUGGAAAAGGAGGCUCAGUGUUGGGCACCAAGAGGAUGCUGCCAGGUAAAAUGCUGGAGGAAAUCAGUCAGAACAUCGCCAAGUUCAACAUCCAUGCUUUGGUGAUCAUUGGUGGAUUUGAGGCCUAUGUUGGAGGCCUGGAGCUGGUUCAGGCCAGAGAGAAGUAUGAGGAGAUGUGCAUUCCCAUGGUGGUCAUCCCAGCCACCGUCUCCAACAAUGUUCCUGGCUCUGACUUCAGCAUCGGCGCAGACACAGCCCUCAACACCAUAACCUCUACCUGUGACAGAAUCAAGCAGUCUGCAGCAGGGACCAAGCGCCGCGUGUUCAUUGUCGAGACUAUGGGAGGAUAUUGCGGCUACUUGGCCACCAUGGCAGGCCUGGCUGCUGGGGCGGACGCUGCCUACAUCUUUGAGGACAAAUUCAGCAUUAAAGAUCUGGAGGUGAACGUAGAGCACCUUGUGGAGAAAAUGAAGACAACAGUGAAGAGAGGUUUGAUUCUCAGGAAUGAGAACUGUAAUGCCAACUACACCACUGACUUCAUCUUCAACUUGUACUCAGAGGAGGGGAAGGGCGUUUUCGACUGCCGUAAGAAUGUUCUCGGACACAUGCAGCAGGGUGGCACUCCAACUCCCUUCGACAGAAACUUUGGCACAAAGAUGGGUGCCAAGUCUGUCCUGUGGCUGACUGAGAAACUCAAGGAGUGCUAUAGACACGGUCGUAUCUUUGCUAACACACCGGACUCUGCCUGUGUGCUGGGCAUGAGGAAGAGAGCGCUCACCUUCCAGCCUCUUACCGACCUCAAAGGAGACACAGAUUUUGAGCAUCGCAUCCCCAAGACAGAGUGGUGGUUGAAGAUCAGGCCCAUCAUGAAAAUCCUGGCCAAGUACAACAUCAAGCUAGACACAUCCGAACAUGCUGACAUGGAGCAUGUGAUCAAGAAGAGGAGCCCUCUUGGGAAAUAGACUUCCUCUUUGAUUUAAAUGUUCUGUUGCUCUGCCAACUCUGAAAACUUUCAGUGAAUCAAUUUUACACAAGAUGCCAGAUAUCAAGAAACUGAUUAAAGAUAUAUUUAAAAAAAAAUGUUUCUCCUUUC